AUGCAAAAAAUGGAAUCAAAAUUGUCAAAUUUGCAAAGUUUGUCAGUUCCAAAUGUUCAGUCACUGUCAGGCACAACAGCAAGUACAGCAUCAAGUUUAUCUACAGCCACAAACACUUACGGGAAGAGUUUGGUGGAUUUUAGUUCAAUUUUGAAUUUUGGUUUGUACCAAAAUGUGUCAGCAUGCGAGGACAUUAAUAUGAAAAUAUCCAGCAUUGAUUUUGACUUGCAAAAGUUUGUGGCACUUAACAGACAGGCAUUGCAGAACUUUACGACAUUACAGACUAAAAUGAACUACAUUGUAUAUUAUUUUAGCAUAAAUUACAGCAAUUUGACAGCUGCACAAGUGUCAACAUACGUAACAAUAGUCAAUGAAUAUUAUGCAAUUGCCAGUGGAUAUGGCGAGUAUGUCUGCAUGCUGAGUAUCGCGUUCAAUAAUGAAACGUAUGUCCAAGCUAAUUUGCAGUCAUACAAGCGUCAGUAUUGCAUCUGUGCAUCAUCUAUGACUGUAAAUGUAUCAACUUUAGAAUCGAACCUUGCAUACAUCCAAAGCCCACUGCUUGCUGACCAGUCGAGACUUAAAGCAGCUAUUGGAAGUGCCAGUAUUGUCCUUACUGCUGCAAUUAAUGGAAUUUCAGUCACAGCCACAACGUCGGUUGUCCUUAAUUGCCUUCAAAAUCUGUUGACAUUUUUAAUUAAAGCCGCAACUGUCAACGACUACGCAGCAUCAACAAUGACAACUUCCACUUCCUGUGCGGAUAUCCAAAAACGCGUGACAAUGAUCAAGGUCAUGUAUUUGUCAUGUUCGAAUGUUUAUUCGCAAAUUCUCGCUAAUGCUUCCGUUCUUGAUGUUUACAUUGGUCCUGUAAAUAUCAGUCUGAUUGCUUACAACUCGACAUUUAGUCAGUCACAAAGAAACUUGUUGCAGGCUGCUUGCAAUGCUUUAGGAUAUUUGAGAAGUUUGUAUACGGAUUAUUAUGUAGAUAUUGUUUAUGCUAGUGCACGUUUUGGGAACAUUCUUAAUGAUGUGAGUGCCAUUGGCGAUACUUAUUGUGGAUGUAAGAGCACCGGUGGAACUACUUUGAGUACAACCAAAUCAACGCUUUUGACAACCAUUCCUACAACUUCAACAUCAAUUCCUUUCACUUCGACAACUAUACCUAGCACAACAACAACGAUGUCUAUAACAACGAAACCAACAACUUCAACAACCAUUCCUAGAACUACAACAACAAUCUCCACAACAACGGAAUCAAUAACCAUUCCAACAACAACUUCGACAACUAUUGCUAAAACUUCAACAACGCUUUCUACAACAACAGAACCGACAACUUCAACAACAAUUCCUACAACUUCAUCAUCGAUUUCUACAACACCAAAAACGACAACAACAACAACAACGGAACCAACAACAAAAACAACAGCAACAACAACAGAACCAAUAACAACAACAACAAAAACAACGGAACCAACAACAACAACAAAAACAACAACAGAACCGACAACAACAACAGAACCAACAACAAUUCCAACAAUAACAACAACAACGGAACCAACAACAAAAACAACAGCAACAACAACAGAACCGACAACAACAAUAGAACCAAUAACAACAACAACAAAAACAACGGAACCAACAACAACAACAAAAACAACAACGGAACCGUCAACAACAACAGAACCAACAACAAUUCCAACAACAACAACGGAACCAACAACUUCAACGACAACAAUAACAACGAAACCAACAACUCUAUCAACAAUUCCUACAACUUCAACAUUAAUUCCUACAACAUCAACAACGAUUUCUACAACAACGGAACCAACAACUUCAACAACCAUUCCAACAACAGCAGAAACAACAACGGAACCAACAACCAUUCCAACAACAACAGAAACAACAACGGAACCAACAACUUCAACAACAACUACGACAACACCUUCAACAACUUCAUCCACAAUACCUACAAAUUCGACAACAAUUUCUCCAACAACGGAACCUACAACUUCAACAACCAUUCCUGCAACUUCAACGACGUUUGUAAUACCUUCGAUAAAUUCAGUAAUGAUUACAACUCCUUCGACAACUUCUUCAACUUCUACAAUUAUUCAAACAACAUCAACGCUGCCUCCGAUAACAACAAAAGCACCUAAUUUGGCUGCAUGUACGCAUACAAGUUCACUUACUAGCACUACAGGUGCGUACAUCAAGUCAAUAUGUUAUGUAAAAACAGCAUUAAAUGCAACAUCAGCAGCCAAUAUGUGUGCAGGUGCAAAUAUGAACUUCUUUAUAAUUGAUUCAGCCACAACGUAUACAGCAUUUCAAAAAUAUGUUAAUACUUAUUUCCGUACUGGCAAACCAGGAUUUUUGUUCAAUGCUCGACUCAAUGGCACUGUUGUAUCAACUUAUACAACAGAUGUUGUAACUUUCAAUGGAUUUACAAUCACGGGAACAGCUACAACAGGUUGUUUAACAAUUGGACGAAUAGCAGCAAACACUUUUACUGUUCAGGCUGUAAGUUGCUUUUCCUUAACUUCAACAUUCCACUGUGAAUAUACUGACACGUUGCUGAAAGGUGAAGCUGCAACAACAACUGGAAAAAAUAUUUUUGGAGCUGCAACUACAACAACAACCAAAAAGUCAGCAACCACAACAACGAAAUUAAAAUCUAAAGCAAAAUCCAAAAGUCGACAAAAGCGAAGUCAACAACAAAAAUUAAAGGACGAGCAACAGCAACAACCCAAUUUAAUUAAAUGCAAUCAUACUGUGGAUUUACUGGAUUCAAACAACAAUUUUAUUAAAACAAUUUGCUUGAUUCCAAGUCCAAUUGGAAAUAAAGCACAAGUUGCUUUAGAGAUUUGUGAAUCUUAUGGCAUGACAUUACUUACACUUGAUUCCGAAGAAACACAAAAAGCUUAUUUUACAUAUUUUAGGAAUUACAUUGACAAAGACAUAAUCACAAAAGUCUUGAUAAAUGCCAGAAAAACUCAAGAUGGUCGCGGACUUGUGACUGUGACGAAACCGGAAGUUCAAAUUUUCAGCAACUACACAGUCUAUGGACGUAAUGGCUGUGUUGGAGUUUCAAAAAAUGCCAAAAAUGCUGUUGUAGCUAUUUCUAGUGGAUGCGCUAAUAAUAAAGGAAGUUUCCACUGUGAGUAUGGAGCACCGACUCCAUGGUUGACGGCAACAACUGAAACUCCAGCAACAAUUGAAGAAACUGAAGAGGAAACAACAACUGAGGAAGUGACAACAACUGAGCAAGCAACAACUAAACCAACAACGAAAAGGCCAGCAAUAAGAAAGUCAACAACGAAAAUCACAACAACUAAAGCUGCUGAAAUCACAACAACGAAAAAACCAACGAUUAAAGCAACAUCAAAGCCCAAUUCAGAUCCGAAUGCAGUCGUGCCAACUUUCUCAGGCAGUGCUGGAAAUCAGAGUUGUGGAACAUUCGUGCCUUACGACUACCUCAAAGAUCCCCUCGCACCGACCAAAAGAGGCGUAAAAGUUGGAACAGCUGAUAUGCCGCCUACUUACAUCGGAACUGGAAAUGAUGAAAAAUGCAGCGGAAUGACAAAUGUGCCUGGUCACAUUCUGGUUCCACCCAACAAUCCCGUCUGCAUGAUUGUCUGUGACAGAGUUCAAAUUGAUGCAGACACACCAAAAUUUUUGCUAAAUCAUCCAAAACUGGCAUGGGCUGAUAAAGGUAAAAUACCGGGCGGUGCCAGUCUUGUGAAAUCGUUGGACACGAUCAAGUCUCAAACUUUCAGUUUCGGGAGAAUUUUGAGAAAUACAAAAAGUGGAACUGAAUAUAAAAUUGGAGCAAUUAAUGGAGAUGUGUUUUAUUACAAUAUUGGAUCUUUUAAGCAGAUCAGCUUAAGUAACAUUGCUUAUGGACAGACUGGCUAUCAAGUCUUGAUCUGUAAACCUUAA